AUGAACCUUAAAAAGAGGAAAAAGGACAGGAAUUUGGGUUCAGAAGAACAAAAUACUGAAAAGAGAACUAAACAAAUAUCUAUGAGGUCUUUUUUGGGGGCAAAAAAUGAUUAUUUUAAGGCAAUUGAGAGUAAAUUUAAUAAAGAAGUCUGGGUUAAUGGAUUGAAAGAAAAGGAACGAGAAUUACUUAAGGUUGAAAUUGAAUUUUUGGGGGAAAGUUGGCUUAAACUUAAAAAUUUUUUAAAUCAGGAAAAAAAAUUAUACACAAUCUUUCCUCCAGAUAAAGAUAUUUAUUCAUGGUCAUAUUAUACUCCAUUGAAUAUGGUUAAGGUUGUAAUUUUAGGACAAGAUCCAUAUCAUAACUAUAAUCAAGCACAUGGACUUUGUUUUUCAGUACGACCACCGACAUUACCACCUCCAUCUCUUAAAAAUAUAUUUAUUGCACUACAAAACGAUUAUCCAUCUUUUAAUAUCCCGAAAACUGGGCUACUAACGCCAUGGGCUAAACAAGGUGUUCUUCUUCUAAAUUCAUCUUUAACAGUGCGUGCACAUCAAGCAGGAAGCCAUGCGCAAAAAGGAUGGGAGGAGUUUACCAGUAAAGUUAUUCAAGUUGUACAGAAACACCGAACCAAUGGUGUUGUUUUUCUUGCAUGGGGCUCUCCUGCUGCUAAAAGGGUUGAAAAUGUUGAUAAAAACAUUCAUCUUAUUUUAAAAAGUGUCCAUCCUAGUCCAUUGUCUGCAAGUAGAGGAUUUUUUAAUUGUGGGCACUUUAAAAAAACAAAUGAAUGGCUUUCUCAAAAAUAUGGAGAAGAUGGUAUAAUUAAUUGGAAUUGUCUUGAUACAAAGGAAACUAUUAAUUUUUCUAAAACAAAUGCCAUUGUACCAGGAAAUUGUACUAAGUCAGAAACUACAUCUCUAAAAAUACUAUCGCAUUUUAAAAACGAAGAGACAAAUCAAGUAACCGAUAUAGUGAAUCUUUCUCAAGAAGAAUUAAUUGCAAUGGAAUCUAGUAUCACACUAGAAGAACUUAAUGAUAGUUUAUCAAGUAGUUCUAAAUCUAAUGAAGAAUAA